GCUACCGCAGCCCCCCAGACGCGGGUCCUGACCCAGCAGCAGGCCAUCGCCUCGGCCCUCGCCCUCUACAACCAGCAGAGACCCUCGGAGUGGGCCUUCCGCCUGCUGGAGGCCGAGCCCCAGCCGGACUGGGACCCGGCAAGCCCAAGCCCGCAGGGGCUGAAGUUCUCCAUCAAGGAGACGGUGUGUCCCUCCGCGCAGACCCACAACCUGACCCAGUGCGACUACAAGGAAGACGGG